UCCGUCCACAGCUGGGGCAGACGGGGCCUCUAUCCGCAUACCAAUGGAUGCUGCGCUGCCGUUCUCCACGCGGAGGCUGACAGCAGCGGACUCUCACACGCCCGGCCGGCUGCUGACCCGCCGUGGCCGCCUCGACACUCAGGGGCUCGUUCAGGAGUUCCCAGGGGUAAGAACACGAGAGAGAACCAUCGAAUCCAGCGCUGCAUGUUUUCUGCUCGAAUCAGAUCAGGUCCUCAGGCCUUGGCAGGCUUGGCUUUUCUCGGCGUGCAGAGGAGGAUUUCGUCCCAAGCGUGCAGCGAUGCGACGGAUCGUGUGACGGAAGCAAAGUUUGGCGGUGUUACAACUCCUCCAGCAGGAACAUCCGUCGUGUCGGAGUUGCCUCCAGUCUUCACAGGCCUCAAGUUUCAACUUCAAGAUCCAAAACUCAUGGAGAGACAGGGUUGCGCGGCUGCAGAUCAAUAG